AAAAUACAUAGGGUAAAUACCCAAAUAAUAAUAAAUGUUUUUUCUAUAUAUAUGAACCACUGAGCUUCAGCAUCAUAACUUCAUAAAAUUCCUCAUCUCAUUUUGAAACUUUUGUCCAAAAAGGGAACACGAUGAGCCAACACACGAACUUGUUCGUUCCUUCAUUUCAAACGGAUCAAGAUGAAGAAGUUCAAAGCAAGACCGAGACGCAGACGCUAAACGGUGGUGGUAGUAGUGUCUGGAGGUUCAAAGGAAACAACGCGGCCAAAGAAGCAGCAAGUGUUUCCAUAAAAAGUGUCCUUUCCAGGUUAUUCGACAGCUGCAGCAAAGACCUUAAAAAGACCAUUUUGCCCCUGGGUCACGGUGAUCCCUCUGUCUACCCUAGCUUCAAGACUUCCGUUGAUGCAGAGGAAGCCGUUGCUGAGUCCCUUCGAUCUGGCGUCGCCAACUCCUACGCCCCUGGGAUUGGUAUUUUACCGGCCAGGAGGGCGGUGGCAAAUUAUUUGAACCGGGACCUUCCGCAUAAGUUAAAACCGGACGAUAUAUUUAUGACGGUCGGGUGCUGCCAAGGGAUAGAGACCAUAAUUCAUGUUCUGUCCUGUCCCAAGUCGAAUAUCUUGCUCCCCAGUUUUGUCUAUCCUCUCUACUAUAGUCACGCUAUAUAUGGCCAAGUCGAGAUUCGCAAGUAUGAACUCCUCCCUGACCAGGACUGGGAGAUCGAUCUCCAAGGCAUUGAGGCAAUAGCAGAUGAUAAUACAAUCGCUAUGGUGAUAGCUAACCCUCACAACCCAUGUGGAAAUGUGUACACACAUCAUCAUCUAAAGAAGGUGGCUGAGAUGGCGAAGAAGCUAGGGAUAAUGGUUAUUUCUGAUGAAGUUUAUAGGCACACAAUAUAUGGAGAGAAUCCAUUUGUCCCCAUGGGGAUAUUCACAUCGAUUGUUCCCGUGGUUACACUCGGGUCCAUUUCCAAAGGGUGGCUCGUCCCUGGCUGGCGAAUAGGUUGGAUGGCCAUGAAUGACCCAAAUAAUGUUUUCAAAACCACAGGGGUCGUUGAAUCCAUCAAGGACCGGCUUAACAUAAGUCCAGAUCCAUCGACAAUUCUACAGUUUGCACUUCCAAAUAUCUUGGAGAAGACAAAGAAAGAUUUCUUUGAGGAGAAAAACUUGACAUUUAGGCAAAAUGUAGACAUGAUGUUCGAUGCUCUCAAGGAGAUUCCUUGUCUCGUUUGCCCAAAGAAAUCUGAGUCGUGUACUUACUUAGUGAUGAAGCUGGACCUAUCACUCUUGGGGGACAUCACAGACGAUGUUGAUUUCUGCAUGAAGCUGGCCCGAGAGGAGAAUCUCGUCCUUUUACCUGGAGAGGUAUUAGGCAAGAAGAAUUGGGUGAGAAUCUCGAUUGGAGUGGAGUUAUCAAUGCUAGAAGACGCUUUUGUGAGGCUCAAAAGCUUCUUCGCUCGCCAUGUCAAAUCACCAACCACUUAAUAAGAACUCAGCUUCAUUGUCGGAAACCUAAGACCCUAUCUUUCUACUGUUUUUGUAUUUCUCUAUUCACUAUUUUCUCGAUUAUGUUCAAAACUUUGUAUAAUUGUGUGUGUGCGUAUGUGUAAGCAGCUAUGCUUGUCUAGUUUGUCCGUUAGAAGGUUGUUACUUGUUUUAAUUAGUCAAGUCUUGUCAAAACAUGAUGGCGACGAGUUGUGAAUAAAUAAUAUUUGAUGAUAAAAC